CAACAACAAAAAAGAAGAAGAAGAAGCUCUGUUUCAGUAACUCUAAUGGCUUCAACCUUCACUGUAUUUUUUUCACUUCUCUUCCUCCUCUCUAUCCCAAGCAUUCUCUCUCACCCCUUGGACCCUCUCACCCCCUUAGAAAUAAAACAAGUAACCAAAAUUAUCAAAGGGUCUAGGGCGGUCUCGUUGGCAAACCUUACCUUUCAAUAUGUAGGCUUAGAUGAGCCAAGCAAAUCAACCAUUCUUUCAUGGCUUUCAAACCCCACCAAGGAACCCCCACCUCGUCAAGCUUUUGUUAUUGCACGAGCUUAUGAAAAAUCCUACGAAUUUGUCGUAAGUUUAUCCAAUGGUUCAAUCAUUUCGCAGCACAUUUAUAAUGGCACUGGCUUACCUUUACUGAACCUUGAAGAACAGUCUGCUGCAAAUGACUUAGCAUUUAAAUACCCACCAUUUAUCAAGUCCAUCAAAAAGAGAGGGCUAGACAUAAAGGAUGUGGUUCCUUCAGUUUUCACGGUGGGAUGGUAUGGAGAGAAAAGCAUGAGUGGGAGGGUUGUUAAGGUACUCUUUUUCUACAAAGGCGGCACGCCUAAUGUUUGGGUUAGACCUAUUGAGGGUAUUGCUGUACUUGUGGACCUUGAUAAGAUGGUGAUUGCGAAAUACUCUGAUAGUGAAGUGGUACCAAUACCAAAAGCUGAGGGUACUGAAUAUCGAGGUUCAAAAAUGAGGCCACCAUUUGCAGCUGAAACAAAGCCUAUCACUGUUGUCCAGCCUCAUGGUCCCAGCUUCAAGAUCAACGGUCACACCAUAAGUUGGGCAGACUGGAAUUUACACCUUGCCUUUGAUGUCCGAGCUGGUCUUGUUAUAUCUCUAGCCACAAUUUUUGAUUCCAUUGAAGAUAAACAUCGCCAAGUCUUAUAUAAAGGCCAUGUUUCUGAGCUAUUUGUGCCCUACAUGGAUCCCACAGAGGAAUGGUACUACAGAACAUUUUUGGAUGCUGGAGAAUUUGGGCUUGGGUUGAGUGCUAUAUCUCUUCAACAACAUACAGAUUGCCCAGCCAAUGCAAUUUUCAUGGAUGGGUACCAUGCCAAUCAGGAUGGAGAGCCAGUAAAACUUUCAAAUGCGUUUUGUGUAUUUGAGCGAUAUGCAGGCGAUAUAGCUUGGCGUCACACAGAGAGUGCGAUUUCAGGGGAAGUGAUAACAGAGGUUAGACCUGGGGUGAGCCUAGUUGUUAGGACGGUUUCGACCAUUGGCAACUAUGACUAUAUCAUGGACUGGGAGUUCAAGAAAAGCGGCAGUAUUAAAUUUGGGGUGGGUUUAUCGGGUAUUUUGGAAGCAAAAGCUUCAACAUACACUCACAAAAAACAAGUCAAGGAAGACAACUAUGGUACAUUGGUAACGAAAAACACUAUUGCAAUAAACCAUGACCACUACAUCACCUCUUAUCUUGAUCUUGACAUUGAUGGUGAAAAGAAUUCAUUUGUCAAAGGCAAGAUGAAAACAAUGAGAACAAAUGGUAGCACACCUAGAAAGAGUUACUGGAACAUGAUUCGAGAGCUAGUAAAAACUGAAUUAGAUGCAAGAAUUUGGACUGACAAACCAAUUGAAUUGUUGAUAGUGAACCCUAAUAAGUUUACUAAAAUGGGAAAUCAAGUUGGCUAUCGAUUGGUUCCUGGUUCGACUGCUAAUCCACUUCUACUAGAGGAUGAUUACCCGCAGAUCCGUGGUGCAUUUUCGAAUUACAAUGUAUGGGUUACGCUGUAUAAUAGGUCAGAAAGAUGGGCUGGUGGGUUAUAUGCUGAUCGAAGCCAUGGAGAUCAUACCUUAUUUACUUGGACAAACAGGAAUAGGGAUAUUGACGACAAGGACAUAGUGUUAUGGCACACAAUAGGCUUCCACCAUAGCCCUUCCCAAGAUGAAUUUCCAGUGAUGCCGACUUUGAAUGGUGGGUUUGAGCUCCGUCCUUCAAACUUCUUUGAAAGCAACCCAAUCUUGAAUAUAAGGCCUCCUAAGCCUGUGGACUUACCCAGAUGCAAUGCCACCACUCCUUAGAGGAGGAAAAAAAAAUUGGAAU